GAGGCAAUGGAACACAGCCACAUCUUCCCUGUGUUCCCCCCAAAUGGGAGCACUUGGAGCACAGGGCAGCAUCCCACUGAGUUUGUCCAUGGAUGCCCUCUCGGACCACUGCCUGUCAUCUAUUACAGCCUCCUGCUGUGUCUCGGCCUUCCGGCUAACACCUUGACAGUGGUCAUCCUGUCCCAGCUGGUGCUGCGUCGUCAGAAGUCCUCCUACAACUAUCUCCUGGCUCUGGCAGCCGCCGACAUCCUGGUCCUGCUUCUCAUUGUUUUUGUCGAUUUCAUAUUGGAGGAUUUUAUUUUGGGUACCGCUCUGCCUCCGUCACUAAACAACGCAAUACAGGUCCUGGAGUUCUCCUCCAUCCACACCUCCAUCUGGAUCACCGUGCCUCUCACCAUUGACCGUUACAUCGCUGUGUGCCACCCGCUUCGUUACCAUACGGUCUCCUUCCCGGCCCGCACACGAAGGGUGAUAUUUGCUGUGUAUAUUGGGUGCUUGAUCUCUGCGGCUCCUUAUUACUGGUGGCCUGAGCUGUGGCACAGCCUGGCUGGGGUUGGCAGUGUAGGAGGAGGAGGGGAGGGCAACAGGAGAACCGUGGUCCAGCAUGUCCUGGUGUGGGCCCACUGCGCCACCGUCUACAUCCUUCCCUGCACUGUCUUCUUCUCCCUCAACGCCGCCAUCGUCCGUAAGCUGCGCAGACGCCGCAGCUGCUUCCGUCUGCGCGGCUACUCGACCGGCAAGACCACCGCCAUUCUCCUCGCCAUCACCUCCAUUUUCGCCGUUUUGUGGGCGCCACGCACCCUCAUGAUCCUCUACCACUUCUACUCCCCUCCGCCAGUCUCACAAGCUGCCGGCCGACUGCUCCACGUGCUCACUGAUCUGGCGAACAUGCUCGCGUUGCUCAACACUGGGGUCAACUUCUUCCUCUACUGCUUCAUCAGCAAGCGCUUCCGGGGCAUGGCGGCCAAUGUCCUGCGAGCCCUGCUUCACUGCCGGAAGCAGUCCCCGCCGUUUUAUGCCAGCCACAACUUUUCCAUCACAAGCAGCCCUUGGAUCUCACCAGCCAACUCCCACUGCAUCAAGAUGUUGGUGUACCAGUAUGACAAAAAUGGGAAACCCAUCUGUAUUUCCUCUUGA